UGCCUCUCUGCUGCGGAGAGGGCUCCUGGGCAGCUGGAAGUGGAGGGAGAACUCGAUUUCUGUUUGCAGCUGUGUUUGUGUAGGACGAGUGGAGAGGGCUUGUCACUCACUUGAUCUCCAGCCUUGUAACAUGGGAGACAAUAUACAGAGUGACAAGUGGCAGAACGUACGUAAAAGUAGAACUUUGACCCAAACUUGCAGCCACCUGCCCAGGGAACUAACCCCGUAUCCAUCGUAAACAACCCAGUAAACCGGCCCGCUCGAAGUCACACUCGCCGGAAGCCAGAUUACUAGCUCUAGUGACCAUCCAGGAAGCUGAACAAUGAUUUCUGUAACUGUCGGCCCUAAAUGGCCAGGAUGUGAUUAAUAAGUGACGCUCUCUAAUUUUUUCUGCAUUUCCAACUUCAGACCGACCAGAAAAACCAUAUAUUUGCCUCUCACCAACCAUAUACGUACGAUGUUAUGUGAUUGCAUGUCGGAAAGUUUUCGUAACUCACGCAUAUAUCACUUGAGAAUCAAUGUGGAGGCCGUAGUUAACCAUUCUGUGCGUGUCUACCUGCCCAACAUGCUCCCAGUGAUGUGAGUUUAUCCAGCACCAGAACCGAGUCAUGAUGCAGGGUUCCUGUGUACCAACCAAUUAGUUUAUUAGGACUUUCCAGAUGUUUAAUUGAAAUAUUAAUUCAAGAGCACUGAUAGAGUGGACAAAGCUAGAAAGCACAGAGAUGUGGUCUCUGGAGGUGCAGAUGGAAAACCCUAAGCCAAGAUCUUGGAGCGUUUAAGUUACAGACCUACAGCGGUGGGGCUGUCCAUCUGAGAGUGGAGUAGCUGUGUUACUUAUAUUUAAUUCAUGGAUCUGAUCUGGUCACACGCAGAAAGGUGGUCUUGUAUGUGUUGAAUGUCUCAGAAGACUGUAGGAUAUGGUGACGUAAGUAACAUUAACAAGGCAAACUACAUAUGCAGUGUUAUUUGUUUCUUUUUUUUUAGAUUUAUUUAUUUUUGAGAGACAGAGCACUAGUGGGGGAGGGGCAGAGAGAGAGAGAAAGAGACAGAAUCCAAAGCAGGCUCCAGGCUCUGAGCUGUCAGCACAGAGCCCUACGUGGGGCUUCAACUCACGAACUGUGAGAUCAUAACCUGAGCUGAAAUUGGACACUUUAACUGACUGAGCUACCCAGGCGUCCCUCCAUAUACGGUGUUUUUAAGUCACAAGACCACAUUAGUGGAAACAAGGUGUCUGUGACCUUCGACGAUGUGGCCGUGACUUUUACCCAGGAGGAGUGGGGGCAGCUGGACCCGGCCCAGAAGACCCUGUACCAGGAGGUGAUGCUGGAAAACUGUGGACUUCUGGUGUCUCUGGGGUGUCCCGUCCCCAGACCGGAGCUCAUCUGCCAGCUGGAGCGCGGGCAGGAGCCGUGGACGGCGAAGAGAGGCCUCUCCCAGAACACCUAUCCAGGUGACAAAGGAAAACCCAAGGCCACAGUAUCUGCCAUUGGUGAGCCAGCCCUGUCUGAGGGCGUCCCCGUCCAGGAACAACUAAUACAAGGAGUUGCAGGAGACUCCCAGAAGCGCCAAACCAAGGAUCAGGAUGGGUCAUUGGAAAUGCAAGAAGGACAUUUGAGACCAGAGAUAGAUCCCCAGAAGGAGAAACUCCCUGGGAAAUCAAGCUCUGAAGAUGGCAACAUAGGGACAGCUGAUAAUGUGUGUUCAAGAAUUGUACAGGAGCCAGUCCCUCUGCGAGGUGCUGUCCAUGACCAUGACUCGUGUGGAUCAGGUAAAGAUCCCAUGAUUCAAGAAGAAGAAAAUAUCUUUAAAUGCAACGAAUGUGGGAAAAUUUUUAACAAGAAACGCCUCCUUGCUCGACACGAGAGAAUUCACUCUGGAGUGAAGCCCUAUGAAUGCACUGAGUGUGGGAAAACCUUUAGUAAAAGCACUUACCUCCUCCAGCACCACAUGGUCCACACCGGGGAGAAGCCCUAUAAGUGCAUGGAGUGCGGGAAGGCCUUCAACCGCAAGUCACACCUUACACAGCACCAGCGGAUUCACAGCGGGGAGAAGCCUUAUAAGUGCAACGAGUGUGGAAAGGCCUUCACCCACCGCUCCACUUUUGUCUUGCAUAACAGGAGCCACACUGGAGAGAAACCCUUUGUGUGCAAAGAGUGUGGAAAAGCCUUCCGAGAUAGGCCAGGUUUCAUACGUCACUACAUAAUCCACAGUGGCGAGAAUCCCUACGAAUGCUUCGAGUGUGGCAAGGUCUUCAAACACAGGUCCUACCUCAUGUGGCACCAGCAGACUCACACUGGGGAGAAGCCCUACGAGUGCAGCGAGUGCGGGAAGGCCUUCUGUGAGAGCGCGGCCCUCAUUCACCACUACGUCAUCCACACGGGGGAGAAGCCCUUCGAGUGCCUGGAGUGCGGGAAGGCCUUCAACCACAGGUCCUACCUCAAGAGGCACCAGAGGAUCCACACCGGGGAGAAGCCCUAUGUGUGCACUGAGUGUGGAAAGGCCUUCACCCACUGUUCCACUUUCAUCUUGCACAAAAGGGCCCACACUGGAGAAAAACCUUUUGAGUGCAAAGAAUGUGGGAAAGCCUUUAGCAAUCGUGCAGAUCUCAUCCGACACUUCAGCAUCCACACCGGGGAGAAGCCCUACGAGUGCAUGGAGUGUGGGAAGGCCUUCAACCGCCGCUCGGGGCUCACGAGGCACCAGCGGAUUCACAGUGGAGAGAAACCCUAUGAAUGUGUCGAGUGUGGGAAAACCUUCUGCUGGAGCACAAACCUUAUUCGACACUCCAUCAUCCACACCGGGGAGAAGCCCUAUGAAUGCAGCGAGUGUGGAAAGGCCUUCAGUCGUAGCUCCUCCCUCACUCAGCAUCAGAGGAUUCAUACUGGGAGACACCCCGUCAGGGGCAGCGCAGCAGAAGUGGGGAGACCCUUCACGAGCGGGCAGUCCUCGGUCAACCUCCAAGAGCUCCUGCUGGGGAAAGACUUUUUGAAUGUAGCCACUGAGGAAACCUCUUACUCAGAAUCUGAUCAUUCAUACCAAAGAGAAACCCCUCAGUUUUCUUCCCUGUGAGAAACCCUUCUGUUGCAGGAUAUCUGUUGUCACCUAAUGAGUCAUACUGGAAAUUCAUCCAGCCUAGAGCCUUAUUCUACAACUGAGAACUCAUCCAGAGAGAGACCCAGCGGUUAUGUGCAUGUAGGAAAACCUUCAGCUGUAUCUUUUCCUUAAUUUACACUGCAGUGUUAUCUCAGGAAUUUUUUUUUCCUUUUUCUUUUUUUUAAGGAGACUUAGACAAUGAACUGCAAACACAUUUUCUUUCAGACUUCCUUGCCAAGCCUUUGGCACUUUGUCAUGGAUUCCUUAGUUUACUUGGCAGGAGGAGGGUUUUGUUGAGAGGGAAAGGACUUAGACUUUUUAUAUGUCUUGUAUAUACAUUCAUUGCUGUCCAGUGUCAAGAGAGUUAGUUGAGGGCAGGUUUGGAAACUUUCAUGAAUGUCUUCUCUGUUCUAAAACAUUGUCUCUGUUCAUAAGGAGCUUAAUUUUUGUGAGAAAUGUAAUGGCUAAAGCCAUCAAACACUUUUAUAUUUGAGGAGAUAAGAAUACACCUAUGAAUGGGCACAUUUUAUUUUACCAGUUAAGACUGUUUAAGGCUUUGAUUUUUAAAAAACAAACAUUUUCUUCAUGCGGCUUUAAGGAGCUGAUACUCAGACAUUUUCUUGGUCCUGUACUAUUAGUUUACUUGAUUGCUGUAAUUAGGUGGUAAAUAUUUUAGUUGCAUAAAAUGAUCUCUCUUUAUUCUUCUUAUUUAAAACUGAUUUAGCACUCUCAUUACUCUGAUUUUCCACAUAAAGUUUUGGAGAAGCUUGUCUGUUUAUGAAAAAAAGCAUCAAAUUUCGAUAGAAAUUGAGUUAAAUUGUCAGAUUAGUUUGUUAAGAAUUGUCUUCUUUAUGGUGUUGUAUCUUCCAGUUUAUGAACAUGGUAUGUCUGUACACUUAUUUAAGUAUUGCUUGAUUUAUUUCAUCACUGUUUUAUAAAUUUCAAUAAUAGGUCCUGAAUGAUUUUUAUAAAGUUUAUAUCUAGGUGGUCUUUUUUCUUUAUGAUAAAUGGAUUGAUUUUUAACUUUAAGUUUCCACCCAAGUUUUGGUAGUAUACAGAAUUGUAAUUAAUUUUUAGAUGUCAGUUUGGUAUCCUACAAUCUUUCUGAACUGUAGGCAUUUAUUUGUUUUGAUAGACUGCUUGGGUUUUUUUACAUAGAAAUACCAUCUGCAAAUAGAGGUAGUUUUAUUUCUUCCUUAC